UCCGUGGAGGUCGGCGGAGGUGUGUCCAGGGGCCGGCGGGCAGCCGCACACUUGCACUCCUCCGAGUGCCCGCGCUCGGUUGCCGCUUUCUACCCGGAGCCACACCAGAGGCGGCGGCGAGAUGCGUGGCUGCGGCACCGGGCUGACGCUCCUGGCCUCGCUGUUCUGGGUCGCCGCGCAGGACCAGCAGAGAGGGCUGUUCCCUGCCAUUCUCAACCUUGCCAGCAAUGCUCACAUCAGCACCAAUGCCACCUGCGGGGAGAAGGGGCCAGAGACCUUCUGCAAGCUGGUGGAGCACGUACCUGGGCGGGCCACGCGCAACGCCCAGUGCCGGGUCUGCGACGGCCACAGCCCCAACCUCAAAGAGCGCCAUCCAAUAUCAAAUGCAAUCGAUGGCACCAAUAACUGGUGGCAAAGUCCCAGUAUUCAGAACGGAAGAGAAUACCACUGGGUCACGAUCACUCUGGACCUGAGACAGGUCUUCCGAGUUGCUUAUGUCAUCAUCAAAGCUGCCAACUCCCCUCGCCCUGGAAACUGGAUUUUGGAGCGCUCUCUGGAUGGCAUCGAGUUCAGCCCCUGGCAGUAUUACGCCAUCAGUGACACGGAAUGUUUGACUCACUACAAUAUCACUCCGAGACGGGGGCCACCCACUUACAGGGCCGAUGAUGAAGUGAUCUGCACCUCGUAUUACUCCAGGCUGGUGCCCCUUGAGCACGGAGAGAUUCAUACAUCACUAAUCAAUGGCAGACCAAGCUCUGAUGAUCUUUCGCCCAAGCUGUUGGAAUUUACCUCGGCACGGUAUAUCCGCCUGCGCUUACAGCGCAUCCGAACCCUCAAUGCCGAUCUUAUGACCCUUAGCCACCGGGACCCUAAAGACCUCGACCCUAUUGUCACAAGACGGUACUACUAUUCAAUAAAAGACAUUUCCAUUGGAGGGAUGUGUAUUUGUUAUGGCCACGCCAGUAGCUGUCCAUGGGAUAAAACUACCAAGAAAUACCAGUGUCAGUGUGAACAUAACACCUGCGGCGACAGCUGCAACAGAUGUUGUCCUGGGUACCACCAGCAGCCCUGGAGGCCAGGAACCAUUUCUUCUGGUAACAAGUGUGAAGAAUGCAAUUGCCACAAUAAAGCCAAAGACUGUUACUAUGAUGAAAAUGUGGCAAAUCAGAAGAGGAGUCUGAAUACUGCCGGGCAGUUCCAAGGAGGCGGAGUUUGCAUCGACUGCCUGCAGAACACCAUGGGCAUCAACUGUGAAACCUGCAUCGAUGGGUAUUACAGACCACAUGGGGUGUCUCCUAGUGAAGACAACCCUUGUCACCCUUGUGACUGUGACCCUCUGGGGUCCCUGAGUUCCGUAUGUAUUAAGGAUGACCAUCAUUCCGACUUACACGGAGGGAAGUGGCCAGGUCAGUGUCCGUGCAGGGAAGGUUACGCGGGAGAAAAAUGUGACCGCUGCCAAUUUGGCUAUAAGGGUUACCCCAGUUGUGUCCCGUGCGACUGUAAUCCAGCAGGCAGCAUGAAUGAGGAGCCCUGCUCAGAGGCUUGUCUCUGUAAGGAAAAUGUUGAGGGGAAACACUGUGAUCGCUGUAAGCCGGGCUUCUAUAACUUGGACCAAAGAAAUCCCCAGGGCUGCUCCGAGUGCUUCUGCUUUGGCGUUUCGGACGUUUGUGACAGCCUCUCCUGGCCCGUCAGUCAGGUGAAGGAUAUGUCUGGGUGGCUGACCACCGACCUGGUCAGUUCCCAUCAGAUCCCAUCUCAGCAGGACUCGCUAGGCGGGCGUCACCGGAUCAGCAUCAACAACACAGCCGUGGCACAGAGGCUGACUUCCACAUAUUACUGGGCAGCCCCGGAGGCCUACCUGGGCAACAAGCUGAUGGCGUUCGGCGGAUUCCUGAAGUACACGGUGUCCUACGAAGUCCCCAUGGAGACGGUGGGUGGUGACCUCCUGUCCCACGCCGACGUCAUCAUUAAGGGAAAUGGACUCACUUUAAGCACGCAGGCCGAGGGCCUGUCGUUGCAGCCUUAUGAAGAAUACCUGAACGUGGUGAGACUUGUGCCGGAGAACUUCCGAGAUUUUAAUAGUAAAAAGGAGGUAGAUCGUGACCGGCUCAUGACCGUCCUUGCCAACGUGACACAUCUCUUGAUCAGAGCCAACUACAAUUCUGCAAAGAUGGCUCUUUACAGGUUGGGGUCUGUCUCUCUGGACACAGCCAGCCCGAAUGCCAUUGACCUGGCCCUGGCCACCCAGGUGGAGCACUGCGAGUGUCCCCAAGGCUAUGCAGGCAUCUCCUGUGAGUCCUGUCUCCCUGGCUAUUACCGCGUGGACGGAAUACUCUUUGGAGGAAUCUGUCAGCCCUGCGAAUGCCAUGGCCAUGCAGCUGAGUGUGACAUUCACGGCGUUUGCUUUGCGUGCCAGCACAACACCACCGGGGACCACUGUGAGCAGUGUCUGCCUGGCUUCUAUGGGAGGCCUUCCCAAGGGACCCCCAGGGACUGCCAGCCAUGUGCCUGCCCCCUCUCCACCGCCUCAAACAAUUUCAGCCCCACCUGUCACCUGGACGAGGGUGACGAAGUGGUCUGUGACCAGUGCGCGCCGGGAUAUGCAGGGGAUUGGUGCGAGAGAUGCGCAGACGGUUACUAUGGAAACCCAACAGUGCCUGGGGAUUCCUGCCUCCCGUGUAACUGCAAUGGCAACGUUGACCCCUUGGAGGCCGGGAGCUGUGAUUCAGUCACCGGAGAAUGCCUGAAAUGCAUCGGGAAUACGGACGGCCGCCACUGCGAGAGGUGUGCUCAUGGCUUCUACGGGGAUGCCGUGACAGCCAAAAAUUGCAGCGCCUGUGAAUGCCAUGAACAAGGCUCCCUGUCUGCUGUCUGCCAUCCUGAGACCGGACUCUGUGACUGCAAACCACACGUGACCGGACAGCAGUGUGACCAGUGCUUGCACGGCUACUUCAGGUUGGACUCAGGGUUUGGGUGCCUGCCCUGUAACUGCAACGCGUCUGGCUCCCUGUCCGAUGAUUGCUCAGAGGAAGGCCAGUGUCCCUGCGUCCCAGGCGUGGCUGGGGAGAGAUGCGACAGGUGUGCACGUGGCUUCUACGCCUACCAGGAUGGCGGCUGUACACCCUGUGACUGUGCGCACACCCAGAACACCUGCGACCCGGACUCGGGGGAGUGUGUGUGCCCGCCUCACACUCAGGGCACGGCGUGUGAGGAGUGUGUGGACGGACACUGGGGCCACGACCUGGAGCUCGGAUGCCAGGCCUGCAACUGCAGUAGCGUGGGGUCCAUCAGUCAUCAAUGUGAUGUGCUCACUGGCCGUUGCCAGUGUAAGCCUGGGUUCGGUGGCCGGACCUGUGCCCAGUGCUCCCUGGGGUACAGAGACUUUCCAGACUGUGUGGCCUGUGACUGCAACCUCAGAGGGACACUGGCUGACACCUGUGACCCAGAGCAGGGACUUUGCAGCUGUGCUUCAGAAAUGGGGACCUGCUCUUGCAAGGAAAAUGUCGUCGGCCCUCAGUGCAGCGAGUGUCGAGCCGGCACCUUUGCCCUGGACGCCGCGGACCCUCGGGGGUGCACCCCUUGCUUCUGCUUCGGGCUGUCCCAGCUCUGCUCAGAGGCCGAGGGAUACGUGAGGACCCGGGUAACACUGGGCUCUGGUCAGCCUCUUCUGCGGGUGGUUUCGCAGAGUAACCUCAAAGGGACCGCCGAGGGGGUGUAUUACCAGGCCCCUGAUGUCCUCCUAGACGCCGAGACCGUCCGGCGGCAUGUCCACGCGGAGCCCUUUUACUGGCGGCUGCCCAGGCAGUUUCUGGGAGACCAGCUCAUGGCUUACGGCGGGAAACUGCGGUACGGCGUGGCCUUCUAUUCUUCCAAUGGCCUCGGCACCUUCAACCUGGAGCCUCAGGUGCUCAUGAAAGGAGGCAGGACCAGAAAGCAUGUCAUCUACGUGGAUGCGCAGGCCCCGGAGAACGGAGUGAGAGAAGAGCAGGAAAUAGAGAUGAAAGAGAAUUUUUGGAAAUAUUUUAACUCUGUUUCUGAAGAACCUGUCACACGCUCAGAUUUUAUGUCGGUUCUUAGCAACGUUGAAUACAUCUUCAUCAAAGCAUCUUAUGGUCAAGGGUUACAGCAAAGCAGAAUCUCAAAUAUCUCGUUGGAGGUGGGCACAAAGGCUGAAGAACUGCACCCAGGGUGGGAGGAAGCUUCUCUUUUAGAGAAGUGUAUCUGUCCUCCUGGCACGGCCGGAUUCUCAUGUCAGGACUGCGCACCUGGUUACCACAGAGGGAAGCUUCCAGAAGGUGAUGGCAGGAGACCCCGCUCUCUGCUUGCUCCCUGUGUGCCCUGCAGCUGCAACAACCACAGUGACGCCUGUGACCCGGAAACUGGGAAAUGUCUGAACUGCAGCCACAACACCACUGGUGACCACUGCGACGUGUGUGCCCCUGGGUACUACGGGAAGGUGACAGGCUUGGCCAGCGACUGCUCUCCGUGCACCUGUCCUCACAGCCUCCCUGCCAGUUUUAGCCCCACCUGUGUCCUGGAAGGUGAUGGCGAUUUCCGCUGCGAUGCCUGUUUCCCAGGCUACGAAGGGCGAUACUGUGAAAGGUGCUCCCCAGGUUACCAUGGCAACCCCCUAAGACCAGGUGGCACUUGCCAGAGGUGUGACUGCAGCCCGCAUGGCUCUGUUCAUAGUGACUGUGACCGUGAGUCUGGGCAGUGCGUCUGCCGGCCAGGGGCCACCGGGCUCCGCUGUGAGGCCUGUGAACCGAGGCACAUUCUGCUGGAAGGCGAUUGCAUGUCCUGUGAUGAUGACUGUGUCGGUGUGCUGCUGACCGACCUGGACCACGUGGGUGCUGCCAUUCUCUCUGUGAACCUCACUGGCUUCUUCCCUGUCCCGUAUGGAAUUUUGUCCAACCUGGAAAAUACAACAAAGUCCCUGAGGGACUCUUUAUUACAAGGAGGUACACAGAAUGAACUGGCAAAAAUUCGACUUGAAAGUGUCUCAGAACAAACACAGGACCUGCAAAGGGAGCUCGACAGGGUAUUAGCACAUAGCCAGCAUGUGGCCAGGGCCACCAAAGGAAUCUUCAAUAAGAGUCGGGACCUCGUGACGUUUACCGAGAAGCUGCAGACAGACAUCGAAGAAAUUAUUGAAAAGGCAACAACUCUCAAUCAGACCUUGGAUGAAGAUGUUCUGCUCCCCAAUUCUACUCUUCAGAAUAUGCAGAAUGACCUCACAUCUUUGCUGGAAACCAUACAGAAAAGGCAUUUCCUGCAGAUCCACCAGAAUGCCACCCUUGAACUUAAGGCUGCUGAAGAUUUAUUGUCAAGAGUUCACGAAAACUACCAGAAGCCACAGGAAGCGUUGGAGAUGUUAAAAGAAGCAGUCAGCAACCUCCUUUCAAAACACAGCCAUGAAAUGCAGGCUGCAGAAGGACUCCUGAGGGCAGCAGAGGCGAAGGCCCAGGAGAGCACUCGCCUGCUGCUCAUCCUCGGGGCCAACCUGCGAGAAUUCCACGACCAAAAUCUGCGUGUUCAGGAGGACCAGAACCUGACUUCAGCGCUCAUUGCCGAGGGAAGAGGACUGCUGGAGAUGGCCACUGCGCAGGCAGAUGCAGCAGGAAAGGCUCUGGCGCAGUUGGAGCAUCACCGGGACGAGCUACUUCUCUGGGCUGCUAAGAUCCGGCACCACGUGGAUGACCUGGUCAUGCAGAUGUCCCAAAGGGGAGCUCUGGAGCUGGUCUACAGAGCAGAGGAUCAUGCAGCUGAGCUCCAGAGACUGGCAGGGGCGCUGGACAGUGGCCUUGGAGAUGUUAGAAAUGUGUCCCUGAAUGCGACUAGUGCAACCCACAUCCAUUCCGACAUCUGGAGCCUGAUCGAAGAGUCAGAGAAGUUGGCAGAAGAUGCUCUUGAAACUGUGAGCAAUGUGAGUGCGGUCUCGGAAUCUCUUGUUGCUGAUGUGAAAGCAGCUGUGCAGCGCAGUUCUGAGUUUCUAAGAGAAAGCAGCAGCCUGAGCAGAAAGCAUGGAGGUAUCACGUCGGAACUGAAGGAACUGAAAAAUACUACAAGCAGAUUUCAAGAGAAUGCUAAUCAAAUUACGAGGCAGAUCAACGAAUCACUCUUGCUACUUAGAGCAAUUCCUGAAGGUGUCAGUGACAGGGGGACCAGAAUCCAAGAGCUGGCCGCGUCUGCAAACCAGAGCGCGACAAGCACGUUCAGGAAUGUCCUGGGGCUGAGUCAGAAGCUGCGGAAUACCUCUUCGGACCUGUCCAGGGUCAAUGCCACGCUGCAGGAGACAGACCAACUUCUCCGCGACUCGUCGAUGACCACUUUGUUAGCUGGAAGAAAAGUCAGAGAUGUGGAGACACAAGCCAGCCUUUUAUUUGAUCGACUGAAGCCUUUGAAGACCCUGGAAGAGACCCUGAGCAGAAACCUAUCAGAAAUCAAACUGCUGAUCAGCCAGGCCCGGAAACAGGCAGCGUCUAUCAAAGUCGCCGUGUCUGCAGACAGAGACUGCAUCCGGGCCUACCAGCCUCAGAUUUCCUCUACCAACUAUAACAGCCUGACCCUAAACGUGAAGACAGACGAGCCUGACAACCUUCUCUUCUACCUGGGGAGCAGCACCAGUUCCGAUUUUCUGGCAGUGGAGAUGCGGAGAGGGAAAGUGGCCUUCCUCUGGGAUUUGGGCUCCGGGUCAGCACGUGUGGAAUUUCCAGACUUCCCGAUUGAUGACAGCAGAUGGCACAGCAUCUAUGUAACCAGAUUUGGAAACACUGGUUCGUUGAGUGUAAAGGAAAUGAGCGCGUCCCAAAAGCCACCACCAAGAACAAGCAAAUCCCCUGGCACGGCUAAUGUUCUGGACGUAAACAAUUCAACAUUGAUGUUUGUUGGAGGGCUUGGAGGACAGAUCAAGAAGUCUCCAGCUGUGAAGGUCACUCAUUUUAAAGGCUGCAUGGGAGAGGCCUUCCUGAAUGGACAGUCCAUCGGCCUAUGGAACUACAUGGAAAGGGAAGGGAAGUGCCACGGCUGCUUUGGAAGCCCCCAGAAUGAAGACGCGUCUUUCCAUUUUGAUGGGAGCGGGUAUUCUGUUGUGGAGAAGACCCUCCGGGCUACUGUCACUCAGAUAAUCAUGCUUUUUAGCACCUUCUCACCAAAUGGGCUGCUUCUCUACCUGGCGUCCAAUGGCACCAAAGACUUUUUAUCCAUCGAGCUGGUCCACGGCAGAGUGAAGGUUACUGUUGACCUGGGCUCUGGGCCUCUUGCACUUAUUACAGACAGACGUUAUAAUAAUGGAACCUGGUAUAAAAUCGCCUUCCAACGAAACAAAAAACAAGGGCUCCUAGCGGUUAUCGAUGCACAUGACACCAGCUACAAAGAAACCAAGCAAGGCGAAACUCCGGGAGCAUCUUCUGACCUCAAUCGUCUAGACAAGGAUCCGAUUUAUGUGGGUGGAGUACCUAGGUCGAGAGUGGUGAGGAAAGGUGUUUCCAGCAAAAGCUACCUGGGCUGCAUCAAAAACCUGGAAAUAUCCAGAUCAACCUUUGACUUACUCAGAAAUUCCUACGGAGUGAGAAAAGGCUGUGUACUGGAGCCCAUCCGAAGUGUUAGCUUCUUGAGAGGCGGCUACGUGGAACUGCCACCCAGGUCUCUGUCACCAGAAUCGGAAUUGUUGGCAACCUUUGCCACCAAGAACAGCAGCGGCAUCAUCCUGGCUGCCCUGGGCCAGGACAGCGAGAAGCAGAGUCACCAGCAGGCUUAUGAGCCCUUCUUUUCCAUCGUGCUCAUCGAAGGCCUCAUUGAAGUACACGUCAAUGCCGGGGAUGGAACCAGCCUGAAGAGGGCUCUCCCGCGUGCUCCCACGGGCACCUACAGCGAUGGCCAGGAGCACUCCAUUUCCUUGAUAAGGAGUGGGAGAAUUAUCACUGUCCAGCUGGAUGAGACGACUCCUGUGGACAUGAAGUUGGGCCCGUCCACAGAAAGCAGGACAAUAAACGUGUCCAACCUAUACAUAGGGGGAGUUCCAGAGGGCGUGGAGGCACCUGUGCUCAAGAUGAGAAGCUCCUUCCAGGGCUGUAUUCAAAACCUGAUCUUCAACAUGGAACUUUUGGAUUUCACCGGUGCCAUUGGCUAUGAGCACGUGGACUUGGACUCCUGCUCGCCCUCAGAAAGACCCAAGCUGGCUCUCCCUGGAGAGGAUGGCGAACUCCUGCCGGAACCCCAGCCUCUACCGAGUCCAGGAGUGUGUGCCGUGGACAGAGCCCCAGAGUUCAUCUCCAACGCCCACCAGUUUGGCCUCACACAGGGCAGCCACCUCGUGCUGCCCUUUAAUCAACUGGUUGUCCGAAGGAGGCUCUCAGUGCAGCUGAGCAUCCGAACGUUCGCCUCCAGCGGCCUGAUUUACUACAUGGCCCAUCAGAACCAGGUCGAUUACGCUGCACUCCAGCUGCAAGAGGGCCGUCUCCACUUUAUGUUCGACCUUGGGAAGGGCAGGACAAAGGUCUGGCACCCUGCGCUCCUCAGCGACGGCCAGUGGCACACGGUCAAGACUGAGUACUUCAAAAGGAAGGGCUUCCUGACGGUCGACGGCCAGGAUUCCCCCAUGGUGACCACAGUAGGAGAUGCCACCACCCUGGAUGUGGAAGGAAAGUUGUACCUGGGAGGCCUGCCCUCCGAGUACAGGGCCAGGAACAUUGGAAAUAUCACCCACAGCAUUCCUGCUUGCAUUGGGGAGGUGGCAGUAAACAGUAAACAGCUGGACAAGGACAGCCCGGAGUCUGCAUCUGCGGUAAGCAGGUGCUAUGCAGCAGCCGAGGAAGGAACUUUCUUCGAAGGAAGUGGAUAUGCGGCCUUUGUCAAAGAAGGCUACAAAGUGAGAUCCGAUGUGAACAUCACGCUGGAGUUCCGUACCUCCUCUGAGAACGGGGUCCCUGGGAUCAGCAGCGCCAAGGUGGAUGCCAUUGGCUUAGAGAUCGUAAAUGGCAAGCUCUUGUUUCACGUCAACAACGGUGCUGGUAGGAUAACAGCCACAUACGAGCCCAAAGCUCCCCAUACUCUCUGCGAUGGAAAGUGGCACAGGCUUCAGGCAAACAAAAGCAAACACCGCGUGCUUCUGAUGGUCGAUGGGAACACAGUUCGAGCUGAAAGUCCACACACCCAGUCCACCUCUGCUGACACCAACAAUCCCAUUUAUGUGGGCGGCUAUCCUGCUGAUGUAAAGCAAAACUGCCUGAGCAGCCAGACCUCCUUCCGGGGCUGUCUGCGGAAGCUCACUCUGAUUAAGGGUCCCCAAGUGCAAUCCUGUGACUUCAGCACAGCUUUCGAUCUCCAAGGAGUCUCCCCUCACUCCUGUCCUGGGACUGAGUCCUGAACUUUGGGGGAGCUCCUCAGUUGGGAACUGUCAUCUCUAUUUUGAGGAGAAUUAUUUUGUGAAUCAAAAUCUUUGCAGUUCGGAGUUCAUUGCCAACUCAGGUUAAGUGUCUCCAGAGAGAAAUGUUGUGUUUAUGUUAAACUAAAACCAUGUGUACAACAGAUACCUCUAUUAAAUAGUUUAAAAUGUAAA